AUGAUUUGCGUGCUCUUAUCGCCGCAUUUGCGGCAAAAUCUUGUCCGACUUCGGUACUGUCAUUAUGGGUUUCUGAAUAGCGUUAGAGGCAUAGUAUACAUGCUGCUAGGGACGGUUGGGGUUGGGGAGGUGAAAGAGAUACAAGCUUGCCGAAGACAAAAACCUUAG